CUUACUAUGUAGGUCUUUGGCGAGCAUUUUAACCUUCUUCCCCAUCUGUUCAAUAUUUGAGUCAUUAUGCCAUCUCCGACACAACGUAUAUUGCUGGAAACUUUGAACGGUCAGCAUGAUACUUACGUGGAUGUCUCCGAGGCUGAGCCUUUGAACGUGCAGAAUUCCUGUGAGCCGAGAGACACAGUGGUCAACAAACUGACAGACAAUGUUGAUUUCCCCGAUCAAGCAUGGAAAGCAGGACGGACUAUGAAAGUAUUGGUCACAAUAUCAGCUCUGCUCCCUUUGCCCCUGUGUCUGUAUCUGCUUUAUCGCAUCAAUUUUGGAGCCGGCAUUACCGGCUCUCCGUUGCAAUUCGUGGAGAACAAUCGAGCAUCCCUGCAAAUAAUUGUCUCCCUUCUAUCGGCUAUGCUCUCGAUAAUGAAUGUGUUUGUACGCACUACCAUUCUCAAGUUCAUGUGGCAGGUUCGGUUCAUGAAGUCCUAUAUCUCGAUGACCGACCUCAAAUUUUUCGAAGCGAUUGUCUCUCGACACUUUGGCGUGGAUCAUCCUGGCACUCGAAGACUGAGUUUGCUCAUUAUCCUUCUCAGUCUGCCCUCGUUUUUAUGGGUUGGCCCAUUGACUCCCGUUCUUACAACAGAGACAACCUCCAUCGAGGGUGGACUGCAAAUCCCAGCAUACUCCAAUGCAUCGGGCACGAACUGGGACAACAACGAUUUUGCGUUUCUGCAAGACUGCACAUCCUAUGUCGAGUACCAGGUGAUGUUUAGCAAAUGCCCCGCGGCAUCACUCUCAGGACAACUGCUGACCUCCGCAAGCCAGGCAUCAAUUACCAAACAAUUCAACUCAUUGCACCUCCAAGCAAAGAACGACAACACUCAGUAUUCAUAUGCCGGUCGGUCAUAUGGCGUUGGAUCAUCCGUAGGCUUCCAAUCCUUCAGCCAUUAUUCAACUUCAAACAUCACGUCCUACAGCUACUUCGAACCGGGAUACCAAACUUCAGUGAGAUGCAUCCACAAUUCGAGCAGCCAAUGGCACCUUCAGGAAGUGACUGCUGGUAAUGCCGGGGCAGGGAUUCCUUGGAUAUACUAUGCUAUUGGUACUUUUCCAAAUACCCACCCGGGAGCAGGGGCAGGCUUUUUCUCCGUGACAGGCCUGGGUGGAGAUGCUUCGAUUGUGGCGCUCGAGACCCGAGUCGAUGAAGGACAGCAUGUCAUCCAACUGGCAGCAGGCGAAAACUAUUCGUACUUGAACCAAACCCAGUGCUGGAUCACCUAUGCGCCUACUUUGUUUCAAGUUGAUGUCACGGUUUUUAGCAGGAUUAUAAUUGUGAGACCUAUAGUCGAGAGCCAAUUCGAUCCCACUGGAGGCCUUGCAGCGACCGGGACAUAUCAAUUAGGCGCAGUAGGUCGAAUUAACACCUCGCUGUAUAUCUCUCUGAUUGGCCAGGCUCUCAAGUCCAACAUCGAUCUCUACAGAGUCGAUAACUUUACAGCCCUUGCUGACUCCAUGGCCGCCAUGAUUGAUGACAUUCUCGUUUUUGUGGGCAGUGCCCAAUAUUAUAUCACGCAAGACACGCAGAAGACCAAUGUGGCGAUCACUUAUAAUGCCUUGAAACUUGGAAAAGCCAGGUACAUAUAUGCCACCUGUGCUGUAUGUAUAGUAUUGUUGCUCCUGGCUACUGUUGUGGACUUGAUCCGGACACACUGGUGGCGACAACUGCCAAGAUUCGACUUUACUGAUAUGCCGUCCGUCAUCACAGGAAGUGCAAUUGCAGGAAAGCAGAUCAUGCGAUUCUCCAACGAAGAAAAAGAUGAUUCUAAACGUCCACGCGAGUUUGAAGUCAAUUCGGAUAUCCUUUUGCGGUUGGGUUCGGUGUCCGUUUCGAUGGAGACAGUGGCCGGGGGGUCGAAGACUCGGGAACAAGUCGCAGCGAUUGGGAUGGUUCCUCCCCCAUUGUAUUCAAUCCACGAGUACUAGCUCUGAGAAAAUACUUAUCCUAGG